AUGACUUUACAAACAACAGGCGUCGCCUUGGUGGCAGUCGUUUAUUUUAUUAUCAGAUACUUGAACAAGACAGACUAUCCUAAAAUCAAGAACCUCCCAGAAAUUCCAGGAGUUCCCAUCUUUGGAAACUUACUUCAAUUUGGAGAUAGCCACGCCAGAGUUGCGGGGGCGUUGGCAAAGAAGUUUGGUCCUGUGUUUCAGGUCAGGUUAGGAAACAGACGUAUCAUCUUUGCAAAUACCUUUGACUCGGUCAGACACCUUUGGAUCACCAAUCAGUCCGCUCUAAUCUCCCGACCAACCCUUCAUACCUUUCAUACGGUCGUCUCCUCUUCGCAGGGCUAUACUAUUGGAACCUCCCCUUGGGACGAAUCGUGCAAACAGCGACGAAAAGCAGCAGCGACAGCUUUGAAUCGUCCGGCUGUCCAGAGUUAUAUGCCGAUUAUAGACCUCGAAUCGAAUGCGUCCAUCAAAGAGCUUGUAGAAGACAGUUGCAAUGGCACCAAAGAUGUAGAUCCCAUUGCUUACUUCCAAAGAUUCGCCCUUAACACUUCUCUGACUUUGAACUAUGGUUCAAGAAUCGAUGGGAAGGUAGACGAUGAGUUGUUGCAAGAAAUCUGUGACGUCGAAAGAGCUAUUAGCAAUUUCAGAUCUACCAGCAACAACUGGCAAGAUUACAUCCCUUUGAUGCGAUUAUUGCCCAUGGGGAAGGCCAGUGACAAGGCAGACGAGUAUCGACAGCGUAGGGAUAAGUAUCUUACUUUCCUCCUCUCCAAGUUGAAAAAAGAAAUCGCGGAGGGUUCAGAUAAACCAUGUAUCACUGGUAACAUCCUAAAAGACCCAGAAGCCAAACUUAAUGAAAACGAAAUCAAAUCAAUCUGCCUGACAAUGGUUUCAGCCGGUCUGGAUACCGUUCCUGGCAAUCUCAUAAUGGGCAUCGCCUACCUUUCCUCUGCUCACGGCCAGGAAAUUCAAGCUCGCGCAUAUUCAGAAAUUCAAAAGGUCUAUCCAAACGGCGAGGCAUGGUUCGCCUGUGUGGAUGAGGAAAAGGUACCAUAUGUAACCGCAUUCGUCCGCGAAGUUCUUCGAUUCUUUACCGUCAUUCCAAUUUGCCUCCCUCGAACGUCCAUCAAAGAUAUCAAAUACGAAGACGCAGUUAUCCCUGCCGGAAGCGUAUUCUAUAUGAACGCAUGGGCUGCAGACUUUGACGAAAGCCAUUUCAAAUCAGCAAAAGAAUUCAACGUUGAGAGAUACCUGGAAAAUCCAGAAGGUAGUGGAACUCCGCAUUAUGCUUAUGGAGCUGGCUCCAGAAUGUGUGCUGGUUCUCAUCUCGCAAAUCGCGAGUUAUAUACUGCAUUUGUGCGGCUGAUUGUUGCGUUCCAUAUUGAUCCGCCGAAGGAAAAGAAAGAUGAAGCUGUCCUCGAUUGCUUAGAUUGCAAUGCCAUACCAACGAGUUUGACGACCGACCCAAAACCUUUCAAGGUCGGAUUCCGUGCGAGAGAUCCUGCCAAGUUGAAUGAGUGGAUGAGGAAAAGUGAUGAGCAAACGGCGCAUUUGAUGAGUUAA